ACCACUUUGAAUAUAUUCUCUUGCUUCUUUCAUUCCCUCUCUCGCGCUCUCUCUGUCUCAGUCUAGACUCUAAACCCUAAUUAUUUCAAUUUUCAGAUAAACCUCUUAACGUCUUUGUUUCUAACAAGUUUAUUUCAAUUAUUUCAGAUCAACCCCUCUCUCUAUCUCAGCCAUCGACCUCGGACUCAUGGAUGGUCGUUCAAGUAGUGGUAUUGUCAGGAGGUAAUGGAAUUUUUUUGGAGGUGAGGUGGGGCAUUUGACCCCUCUCGACCCCCCUCCCUCCGCCCCUGCUUCCAUUCAAUGUCUCACAUGAAAUUCUUCAAGAGAGUUGUAUUGUAAGCAGUAUUUCUAUACUCUACUGAAGGUAUAUAUGAGGAAACCCCUCAAAACCUCAUCUUCCUUUCACUUUCAAACCCUCAUUUCUCAAUUGGAUUCACCCCAUUUUCCCAAAUUCUCAUCCAAACCCAACUUUUUACCCACACCUUUGGAAGACCCUCUGCCGAACUUGGUCUCCAAAAUUUGUAACAUCCUCUAUGAUCCCCAAUGGGAAAAGAACCCACAACUAAAAUCCUUAAGUCCCAGACUCAAACCCCACCAUGUAUCCAAGAUUCUUCAAAUCCAUAACAACACAGACUCAGCCUUACGCUUCUUCUACUGGGUCUCAAAGCAGCAUUUCUACAAGCAUGAUAUGAACUGCUUUAUAUCACUGCUGAAUAGACUAGUGCGUGACUGCCAAUUUGCACAUGCGGACCACGUGAGGAUCCUUAUGAUCAAAGCUUGUCAAAACGAGGGCGAGCUCAAGCAAGCUAUGUCGUAUUUUGAUGAGAUAAGUGGAUCUGGUUUUGGGUUUACUUUGUAUAGCUUUAAUACACUUUUAAUUCAAUUGGGAAAGUUUGAUAUGAUUGAUGUCGCACAGGAUGUUUAUACUAAAAUAUUGAGUAGUGGGAUUAGGCCAAGUUUGUUGACAUUCAAUACUAUGAUUAAUUUGUUAUGUAAGAAGGGUAAGGUGCAAGAGGCAGAGUUGAUUUUGAGUAAGAUUUUUCAGUAUGAUUUGUGCCCCGAUGUUUUUACAUAUACGUCUUUGAUUCUUGGGCAUUGUAGGAAUGGUAAUUUGAAGCCAGCAUUUAGGGUUUUCAAUAGGAUGGUGAAGGAGGGGUGUAACCCAAAUUCUGUUACAUACUCGACUCUUAUUAAUGGGUUAUGCAGUGAUGGGAGGCUGGAAGAGGCAUUAGACAUGAUGAAAGAAAUGAUUGAGAAAGGGAUUGAGCCAACUGUGUAUACUUAUACAGUUCCAAUUACUUCAUUAUGUGAGGCUGGGUGUGUGAAUGAGGCUAUUGAGCUUGUGUGUAGCAUGCGGAAGAGGGGCUGUAAUCCAAAUGUUCAGACGUAUACUGCAUUGAUCAGUGGGUUGGCUCGAGCUAGGAAACUUGAGGUUGCAAUUGGGCUAUACCACAAGAUGUUGAAAAAUGGUAUGUUUCCGAGCACAGUAACGUACAAUGCUUUGGUGAAUGAAUUGUGUGCUGGAGGAAGAUUUGGUGUUGCUUUGAAUAUUUUUUAUUGGAUGGAAGGUCAUAGUAUGUUGAAUGUGCAAACAUACAAUGAAAUUAUAAAGGGAUUUUGCCUCAUGGGUAAUGUUAAGAAGGCAAUGAUUCUUUUCAACAAAAUGCUUAAAGCUGGCCCCUUCCCAACUGUGGUUACAUAUAAUACACUCAUCAAUGGGUACCUUAAAUUGGGAAACCUGAACAAUGCUUUGAGAUUAUUGGAUAUGAUGAAGGAGAGUGGAUGUAACCCAGAUGAGUGGACUUAUAGCAAACUUAUUUCGGGGUUUUGCAAGGGUGGCAAGUUGGAUUUUGCAUCUACUCUUUUCCAUGAAAUGGUGGAAAGAGGUAUUAGUCCAAACCAGGUCAGUUACACUGCUAUGAUCAAUGGAUACUCUGCAGAUGGUAGAUUGGAUGUUGCCUUAUCAUUACUUGAGAAGAUGGAGGAAAGUGGUUGCUAUCCAAGUAUUGAAACCUACAAUUCCAUUGUAAGUGGGUUGUCCAAAGAUAAUCAAUUUUCUGAAGCUGAGAAGUUGUGUAACAAGUUAGCAGAGAAAGGAUUGUUGCCAAAUGUCAUUACCUACACAUCUUUGAUUGAUGGGCUCUGCAGAAAUGGUGGGACUAAUCUUGCCUUCACGAUCUUCCAUGAAAUGGAAAAAAGAAAUUGCUCACCAAAUUUGUACACAUAUACUUCACUCAUUUAUGGGUUAUGUCUAGAGGGUAAAGCUGAUGAUGCGGAGAGGUUACUAGAAGAAAUGGAGAGGAAGGGAAUAGUUCCUGAUGAGGUGACAUUUACAUCACUCAUUGAUGGUUUUGUUAUGCAGGGAAAUCUAGAUCAUGCAUUCUUACUUUUUAGGCGAAUGGUUAAUGUAAGCUGCAUACCCAACUACCGAACUUACAGUGUGUUGUUGAAAGGGUUGCAAAAAGAAUGUAAGUUGCUCACAAAAAACGUUGUGGCACAGCAUGUGUACAGUUGCAGCUCAGAUGAGAGAUAUACUGAUUUUGAAGUUUUAUGUAAUCUGUUGACUAGAUUGUCAGAGAUUGGAUGUGGACCUACUGUCGAUACCUAUACUACUCUAGUGAGAGGCUUGUGUAGAGAAGGCAAAUCAUGGGAGGCGGAACAGUUGAUCGAGAACAUGAGGGAGAGAGGCUUGUGCCCUAAUCAAGAUAUCUAUAACUCUAUAUUAGUUGCUCAUUGCAAGAACUUAGCAGUGGACUAUGCUCUAAAUAUAUUCAAUUUGAUGGUAACUAGAGGCUUUGAGCUCCAUUUAUCAACCUACAAAGCACUUAUUUGUGCUCUCUGCAGGGCUAGCCUGUUGGGAGAAGCUCAAACUUUGUUUGAGAGCAUGCUUCAGAAAGAAUGGAACAACGAUGAGAUUGUUUGGACAAUAUUGGUUGAUGGGUUACUGAAGGAAGGGCAAUCAGAUCUAUGUUUGAAGCUUCUUCACGUCAUGGAAUCUAGAAAUUGCAUUCUCAACUUCCAUACAUAUGUAAUCUUGGCUAGAGAAUUGUCUAAAUUAGACAAAUCCAUAGGAACACAUCAUAUUUCUAGUUAAUUAUUUCAUUUUGAGACUUUGUCUGUAAUAAUUCAUUUUGGGUAACCGUAACUUGGAUGUUUAUCAUUAUCAUUUGAUGUUUGCUUAGUUGUUCUAGUAUAAUUGAUAGGAUGAAUGUUAUAACGAUUCUUUUAAAGUAUUAAAAAAAACUUAUGUUGUAGGCUCUCUUAUGCGAGUUCAAGAUCCAUUGGUCUUAUUCCUAUGUGUAUUUUGCUUUUCGAGGAAUGUUUCACUAACUGGCACUCUUUUAAUGAAGGCUUAUGCUCUUGUUUGUGUUUGUACA